AAAAACCCAGCCAAUUCAUUUCAGUUUCACACCACAAAAAAAUCGUUCAAAAAACAAAGGAGCUUUGGAGCUCUGGUUGCUGCUGCAAAAAUGGCUAAUAGUGAUUUUAGAAGAUUUGAACUAGUCGUUCGAUGGAAAUCGGAGAAAGUAGAAGAUAAUUUGGGCGUCAAAUUCGUUGGUGGUAGUAGUUUUCAGAUGACGAUUCCAUCCAGG